AUUCAAGAACGCGAUUGAUGAAGUGCAUCUGAAUUCCCAUCGUAUAAUAAUUGUAUGUACUUAAUGUAUAACCGUGAGCCUUUAAACCGUCAAACUGGCCUCUUCAGACGUGUGUAUGUGCUUCCCUGAGGAAUCUCAGUAUGGAUAGUCGCUGUUACUGCUGUGCAUCAAAGUUCACUCUCUUCAAAAAGGAGUUGGGAUGUAAGAGCUGCGGUCGUUCUUUCUGCUCUGGCUGUCUGACAUUCAAUGCUGUGGUGCCAAAAUAUGGAAACGGUCAGCAGAAAGUCUGUAAACAGUGUUAUGGGAACUUAACAAGUUCAGAUAAGCAGACUGAUGCUGGCCGAUGGUCUCCACCUGAAAACUACAAGAAACGAGUUGCUGCUUUUGAAGCCAAACAAGCUCAACAGAAACCGUCAUCCAGAGCGGCAGGAGCAAAAGACAACGCCGUGAGUCUGAUUUCAACAAGAGGACUUAGUAAAGAAGACCAGAUCAUUGCAGAACGCCUCAACAAGCUGAAGGAGGAGACCAAACCCAAGUCUAUACCUUCAGAGAAGGAGCUGGAGUCUCGUCUGGCGGCUCUGAAAGCUCCUCUUCAACCUGUGGCAUCGACUGCAGAAAUGGAGGAGCGUCUCGCUGCACUACAGGGCCGACCUGCACUUUCCCAAGCCCCGCGGCCUGUUCAUCAGCCGCCGGACAGCAGGACUCAAACCGAACAGACCAAUGAUCUAAUCACACAGAUGACGGAGGAAGCUGCUAUUGAUAACCAGAAUUCAUCUUCAGACGUGGAUGCAGGCGGCAUGUUGAACGAUCUGAAUAAGCAGGCGAGUGUGAAUGAGAACGUGGACGAUGCUGAUGCGUCAGGGAGGCAGCUGGAGGAGCAGAAGAGUCGAGUGCUGCAGGAGGCCAUGGAGGAUCUGCGGAGAGACAAACACAGCCAGCAGAUGACGCUGGAGAUGGCCCGCAGACUGGCCCGACUGCAGGGACAGCAUCCAGACAGUGUGAGACUGUCAGAUUUCCAGACGCCUGACAGCGAUGAGGAGACGGAAGAAGAGGCCGUCAACAGGGUCAUCAAAAAGCUAUCAGAGGAAGCAGCUUUAGACGAGGCCAGUGGAUACAACAUCCCUCCAGAACUCAGCGGGCCGGUGAACAGAGAGCCCUCGAUGCAGAAGUCUAAAUCCAGGCCUCCAGCUGCUGCAGCUCCGAUCCGGCGGCUGGAUGAUGAUGACGAUGAUGAUGAUGAUGAUGAAGAGCUGCCGUGGUGCUGCAUCUGCAAUCAGGACGCCAGCAUCCGCUGCCACACCUGUGACAGAGAUCUGUACUGUGCCCGCUGCUUCAGGGACGGUCAUGAUAAAUACGACAGACAGGAUCACCGCACUUCCUCAUAUUCGGCUCCAAAGAAGAGCAAGAAGAACACAUGAACGCCUCCAUCAGCAUAUGUAGGUUAUUAAAAUAUUUAUCAGUACUGUGUACGUGCUUUUAAACUGCACUAAGAGGAAAUAU